UUCUUGGCCCAGUUUGCGUUUGCUUUGGGGUAGACGGGUGUGCGUGUGUUGACACUGGCGAGUUGACCCGGUUUGCCCGGAGAUUAAGCGUCUGGCGUAACAGCUGAGGCCUGAGUGGACGCCCACACCUCGAGGCAGGAUAUUUUACUUCAAAUAAAGGACAUGGUGAAACUGAUUCACACAUUAGCCGAUCAUGAUGAUGAUGUCAACUGCUGUGCUUUCUCCUCUGCCCUCUUGGCUACUUGCUCCUUGGACAAAACAGUCCGCCUGUAUUCCCUAAGUGACUUCAGCGAAUUGCCACACUCUCCAUUGAAGUUUCACACCUAUGCUGUCCACUGCUGUUGUUUCUCCCCUUCAGGACAUAUUUUAGCUUCAUGUUCAACAGAUGGUACCACUGUCCUGUGGAAUACUCAAAGUGGACAGACUUUGGCCGUGAUGGAACAGCCCAGUGGUAGCCCCGUGAGGGUUUGCCGGUUUUCCCCAGACUCCACUUGUUUGGUGUCAGGGGCAGCUGAUGGAACGGUUGUUAUGUGGAAUGCACAGUCAUACAAGUUAUAUAGAUGUGGUAGUGUUAAGGAUGGCUCCUUGGUGGCCUGUGCAUUUUCUCCUAGUGGAAACCUCUUUGUCACUGGCUCCUCAUGUGGAGAUUUAACAGUGUGGGAUGAUAAAAUGAGGUGUCUGCAUAGUGAAAAAGCACAUGAUCUUGGAAUUACCUGCUGCGAUUUUUCUUCACAGCUAGUUUCCGAUGGAGAACAAGAUCUUCAGUUUUUUCGAUUGGCAUCAUGUGGUCAGGAUUGCCAGAUCAAAAUUUGGGUUGUUUCUUUUACACAUGGCUUAGGUUUUGAAUUAAAAUAUAAAAGUACACUGAGUGGGCACUGUGCUCCUGUUCUGGCUUGUGCCUUUUCUCAUAAUGGGCAGAUGCUAGUCUCGGGAUCAGUGGAUAAGUCUGUCAUAGUGUAUGAUACUAAUACUGAGAAUAUACUUUACACAUUGACUCAGCACACCAGGUAUGUCACAACUUGUGCCUUUGCACCCAAUAUCCUUUUACUUGCUACUGGUUCAAUGGACAAAACAGUGAACAUCUGGCAAUUUGACCCGGAAACACUUUGCCAAGGGAGUGCAGAAGAUCAACCGAAGCAAUUUAUUGAAGAUUGGUCAGAGGACGAUGUCUCAACCUGGCUCUGUGCACAAGAUUUAAAAGACCUUGUUGGUAUUUUCAAAAUGAACAACAUUGAUGGAAGAGAACUGUUGAAUCUUACAAAAGAAAGUCUGGCUGAUGAUUUGAAAGUUGAAUCUCUGGGGCUGCGUAGUAAAGUUCUGAGGAAAAUUGAAGAGCUCAGGACAAAGGUGAAAACCCUUUCUUCUGGAAUUCCUGAUGAAUUUAUAUGUCCAAUAACUAGGGAGCUUAUGAAAGAUCCUGUCAUUGCAUCAGAUGGCUAUUCAUAUGAAAAGGAAGCAAUGGAGAAUUGGAUCAGCAAAAAGAAACGUACAAGUCCCAUGACAAAUCUUAUUCUUCCUUCAGUGGUACUUAUACCGAAUAGGACUCUGAAAAUGGCCAUCAAUCGGUGGCUAGAGACACAUCAAAAAUAAAAUUGUUU